CAAUUUGAAUGGUUGUUAAAUAUGAAAAUACACCUCUCAGCAUUUGUUGCGGUGACAUUACUUUUGCUGUCGGAAAUCACUCAUCCGCUGGAGACCCUCGAUGACUUCGAAGUCGCCGAGGAAAUAACUACACCGCGCGAAAAUGGGGACAUCGAGCGCAUCGAGGGUCGAACUCGACAAAUGAGCGUACUAUCUUUUGUGGGAAAAAACCGAACGGGCAAAAUGAAUGAGAACUAUUGCUGCUUCUGGAUUUACCAGGACCAUCCGCCCAUUCCUCACACCUGGAAACAUAUGGCCGAAUAUCCUUUCGACUUUCAGUUCAACGGAGAGUUUGUGCGGAACCAACGACACAAUGCAGUUGAAGUGCCUGCAGUUCAGGAUGGCGACAGUGACAACUCCACAAGUGUAAUUUGAUAUUAGACAUUAGCAAGAUAUAUAUUUUUCACUAAACAAAACACUUAACUGAA